AUGGAGCAGUACAGGCCUGCAAGCCGCGCAAGUGACGACUCAGGUUCCGCUGCUUCCCUCGCAGGACACGCUCAGCAGCCUGCUGGGUUCAAUCAGACAGCGGGAUACGCCAGGACCACACCCGCUGGCGUACCUGUGGGAGCGGGAGGGGUACCAGCUACCGGAGCUUACCGCGGAACUAGCGACGUCCCCCACGAUGCGCAAGAUGGGCCUCAGCCUGCGCCGCCGCCCCAUGUGCCAUUCUACAAGAAGAGGUGGUUCAUCAUCUCGCAGUUGAUUAUUAUUCCUCUGGGCAUCGCGUUACUUUUCAUUCUUCUCUUCCCGGUCAUCAAAGCCAUCGCGCAACUAGUCGUAAACAGAAGUACUUUGGAUAUACAGGUGGCCCAAAUAACGGAACCGUUGAAUAAUACGUUCCAACUGGCACUACAAGGAAACGUCGCUCACACGGGUAUCAUUAACGCUCGGAUCGAGUUCAAGAAUCCCGUACGCGUUACUUGGCUCGAUGGGGACAACGAGGUCCCCAUCGGUGUGAUGAAUUUAAGCCCUUUAUCGACGAUGAACAAACGCGCCACCAUUAAUGACACCACAGUGUUCAACAUCACAGACGAGGCUGCAUUCGGUCGAUUCGCUGGGCAGAUGAUUACCGCACAGAACUUUACAUGGAGGCUCGAGAGCGAGAACCUUCAUGUUCAAGCUCUCAAAUUUCCCUUGUCAAAAGGCAUCAAAUUCAAGAAGGAUGUAACGCUGAACGGAUUCAACAGUUUCUCUGGCAAUGUCGCUCUCAAGGACUUCAAGCUUCCAAGUGACAAUCCACAAGGAGGCAUCGAUUUCGUCGCCAUCACGACAUUGAACAACCCCAGUCCAUUUUCGCUCAAUCUCGGUACUGUGUUAUUCGAUCUUUCCUACAAGGAUGUCUUUCUUGGUACCGGGACCGGGACCGAUACUGUCAUCGCUCCUGGACCAGUGGAUGUUACGCUAAAAGGGAGACUCAUACCCCAUACAUCGGAGGCUGAGCUUGCAGUGAUGUCCGACCUCUUCACGCGUUACCUCAACGGGGAAUCUUCUCUUGUCUUUGCGACCGGGCGUUCAACCCUCCAAGGCGACAAUUCUUCCAUUUCAUGGCUCAGUGACGGUCUCAAAUCGCUCCGACUCGAGGUUCCGUUCAAGUCUUCGAUUCCAAUUGAUCCUAUCAAGACCAUCAGUAUCGGAGACUUCUCCCUUGCAUUCACCGAAGCGGAUCCAUGGUCACCCACUGCCCUUAGUAGAACGGUCGAAGCAUCUCUCCAGCUUCCAUUCGGGUUCGGUCUCUCGAUCGGUGAAAUCCAGAACGACUUCAAUAUCACGAAGAACGGAGCUGCUGUAGCAGGAUUAAGCACACCUCUCGGCGCCUCUACAUCCUCGAUCUCGGUUCUCAGCCCAGAUGACACAUCGGGCUCAAUCAAUAUCACGAUCGACAAUGCUAAACUCAACUCCCCUGAUCCCAUGCACCCGGCGUUUUCAGCCUUCAACGCGGAACUCACCAGUGCUGACAUGGCUGAGUUUCGUCUCGUGGGUAAUUCCAGAGCGAUCGCAAACAUGAGCAUAGGCACGAUUACCUUGGACCCCAUUAAAGUCAAUGUUUCUACCCACCUUCAGGGGUUGCAGGGUCUCAAGGGCCUCGUCAGCAUUGAUUCAGUGGACGUACUUGGAGGUACCACAGAGGGCAUCACGCUGGGCAUUAAUGUCAAUAUAUCCAACCCUUCUAACCUCAACUUAGCUACGGGUGACUUGCACCUGCAGCUAUUCCGUGAUGGCGUCCCCCUUGGGACUAAUUUGUUGCCCAACCUUACUUUGACGAUGGGUGACAACUUUGUUAAGGCUUCGUCUAAUUUUAAGGCCAAUGAUAGCCCCGAGGGGCUCCAGACGCUGAACGAUUUCGUGGGCAAAAAAGAUGUCAACUUGCACAUUGCCGGAUUUGAUCAAAGUACAAAAGUCGUGUCAUUGCUCGAAGCUUUCAAGUCCCUUGGAGUUGACGUGGUGUUGCCUGGCCUCAAGACUAAUUUGCUAGACACUGCGGAGCUCAGAGUUCUGCCGACCACUGGUCGGGCUAAUAACAUCAGUCACGUCCGAGUCAACCUCGACAACCCCUUUAGCACCGCCCUGAAGAUCACCAAGAUCACAUCCGCAGUGACCGUUCAGGGCAUCAACCUAGGUAACAUCGAGACGGACACAGAUUUCUCUAGCGACCCCAAGUCGAAGACGACAUCUCCGGAUCUUGACUUCAACCUCAACUUCGAUCCAAACUCGCUAUUCACUGUGACGCGCCUUCUUGCUGUUGACGCUGGGUUAGACACCACCCCUUUGGAUGGAAUAGUUGAUGUCGGUGGUUACACGUACCUUUUUACAACCGGUAAUCCACCACGCAAGCAGCAGAGAGCGAACAUCUUCACUGGGUUCAACCUGCCGGAAUUCGUGCAGACUGCUUUCAAGGAACUCAAGUCCGAUGUUGAGCUGACUACGGAUGUUACUAUGGGUGACUAUAAGACUACCCUCAAGUACACGCAACCCGGUGUCCCGACCAAGACAGAUGAGAGCCUGAACCUAAUUCUUCCUGUCUUGGCCCAGCCGAUUGUACAAAAGGUGGUCAGCGAGUCCGGGAUCAGCAUUGACGAUGUCCUCAUCAUCGACCCACAACAGAACUCGUUUAAGACGAGACUGAGAGGUGGGAUAAACAACGCUGGUCCAUUUGACGCCAAGAUAUCGUUCAACCAAGGUCUGACCGUCGUGUGGGCCGGAAAACCGAUAGGGAACAUGAAGCUUACCGAUGUUGAUGUGGUGGGCGAUGUUGGAGCCGUUCUCGAUGUGGAGACGACGUUCGAUGUGACUGACGUUGACCACAUCACCGAGUUCACCAAGGUUCUGCUCACGGAGGAAUCUUUCGAGUGGGAGAUCUCCGGCGACAACUUGACUGUCAGCGCCAUGGGAAUCCAGGUUGAUGGCAUUUCGUUAUCUUCGAAGAAAGUUACGCUGAAGGGAUUCAACGGCUUGAAAGGUGGCGUAAAGAUCAAGUCUUUCGAUCUACCCGCCAACGAUCCCGCCGGAGGUAUCCAUCUCACAAUCGAGGCUGACGCGACUAACCCUUCGCAAGUGGGCGUGCAGUUGUCUUCGCUAGGUUUCAACACGUUCGUUGGAAACACAAUGAUUGCCCCCGUCGCCAGCAAGGAGGUGACCCUUGCCCCUGGCUCUACUUCUCCCUUAUCGCUUGUUGGACGCCUUGUGCCUCAGGCUUCCCAGGAAGGCCUAGACAUUAUUUCUCAAGUGUUUACGAACUUCUUACAUGGGAAAGAUAGCAAUGUCGUUGUUCAUGGUGCCAGCGCGGGGCCCAGCGAGGUUACCUGGCUAAACGAGGGCAUCAAAACGCUCCAAGUUGACACGAUAUUGCCUAACCGAGGCCCUCUGGACGUGAUCCAAUCAAUCACCCUCAACGAAUUGAAGCUACUCUUCACCCAGGAUACAGCUUACAAACCCGCCACUAGCAGUAGUUCGACGUCAGCAGCUUUCACGCUUCCAUUCGGGUUUCCCUUGGAUAUUACUUCCUUGCAACAAAAAAUUGGCAUUUCGUUCAACGGCCAAUCAUUUGCAACCCUUGACCUUCCCAAAGCUCCUACAAAAACUGACGUCAAGAUGCGGGUGAUAGCACUGACAUUCAGUGACGUCCCUUUCGCCGUCGAUGGAAAUCGACACAGCGUGUUUGAUGACUUUGUAGCUGCCACCACAGUCGGCAAAUCAGUAACAAUGCACCUAUCAGGCAGCUCCAAUGCUGAGGCGAACACCGCCGUUGGCCUUCUCUCUCUUCCUGAUAUCGCUUUCUCGGUGGACAGCUCGAUUGACGGUUUACAAGGCUUGAACACGCGUCCUGUUACAGUCAGCGGCCUGGAUGUGAACCAUGGCUUCCCUGACUUCUUGCUCAUCAAAGUCGAUAGCGCUUUGUUCAAUCCGAGUAACCUCACAGUUGGAACUGGAGAUGUUUCCUUCGCCCUGCAAUUCCAGGAUCAAACCAUUGGUUCUGCUGAUAUCAAUGGCCUUGUCAUCCAGCCAGGCAAUGCAUCAUAUCCCAUUGACGUCCAUUACGCACCACAAGGGGCAGCUCAACAAGCCGGCCGAACACUGCUUCAAAACUUCCUUCAGGGAGUUGAUUCAGACACGGCUAUCUCGGGCAAUACUGGCUCUACUACUAUCGGCUCAUUGAAAUCGGCUCUUUCACAGAUUCGACUGAGCCCAGUAACCAUACCAGCUAUACACCAGACGUUGGUACAAAGCACAUCACUAUCGUUCCCUAUCGACAUCGUUGAGACGGGAAUUGCUUCUGCCACCUUUACCUUGGCGAAUCCCUUCACUGCCAGCAUCAAUUUACUACGCGUUGGGACCGUUGUCACUUUCCACGGUCUCACCUUAGGGAAGAUUGACAACGUAGACAUCUCUUCGUCACCAGUUCACGCAGAUGGCCACAGCACGGCGACAUCUCCAUCGUUGCCAUUUAAAUUUAACCUCGAGCCUAGCAACAUCAUUCGGCUCCUCAGCAUUUCGUCUCAAGAGCAGGACGUCAGUCUCGGCCCUUUGGGACAGAUGUUCCAGUUCUUGAUCGAAAAUCCGGAGUUCAAGCCUCCUGUGAAGACCGCCGUCGAUACUCAAGCACCUACCUGUGUUAGCGGGCAUCAAUUCGAUGCGGCGGGAGCCAUCUUAAAGUCGCUCUCUGGUUUGAAGGUUAAUUUAGCUGUCGACACGCAUACAAAGCUGGAUGACUUUGCGACGGAUUUAAGUUUCAAUCAAGCGAACGUCCCUGCAAUUACCGACAGGAGCGUUCUUUUCACCAUUGGCGCCGUAGCAGGACCCAUCGCUCAACAUCUCGUUGACGGAUCGAAGCUACAGUUCUCGGAGGCCAAUAUAACAAAUGUCUCUAACGAUGGAUUCGACUUGUCGCUGCAAGGUUCUUUGACCGACGCCGGUCCGCUAGAUGCUCUCAUUUCGUUCACGGAGCCCGUCACUGUAACGUGGAAUGGCAACAAUAUUGCGCAAAUAACAUUGCCCCCUAUUUGUGCGGCUGCUGACUCUGGGGUCCCCAACUAUCAAACGAAUGGUCGAUUAAAGAUUACUGACGUUUCUCAAUUCACCGCAUUCGCGACUGCGUUACUACAUGAUGAAUCCUUUGAAUGGACUAUAUCGACGGAUAAACUCCGAGUGCAAGCACUAGGAACCAUAUUUGAUAAUGUUUCUCUGUCAAAGAAGGUGUUGUUCAAGGCAUUCAACGGGCUCAAUGGUGUCACGAUCAGCAACUUCCAGCUUCCUCAUGAUGACCAUGCUGGUGGGAUCAGCAUUCAAACGGAUUCUUUGAUUCCCUCUCCUGCUCAGCUCGGUAUCCAACUCGGCACCGUCGGGUUCGAGUCCUUCUUCGAGGGUACUCAUGUAGGACCUUUAUCCGGGUCUGGUCUGUUCCUCACUGCUGGUUCCAUUACGCCUCUCCCCCUUACAGGACGAAUUGUCCCUCAGAGCGACUCUGACCUUCAAACCAUUGGAAAACUCUUCUCAGGCUUCUUAGCUGGCCAGAAUCAGACUCUUGUAGCGAAGGGUGAUUUCAUUCAACCCGGAGCUUCGUCAGUAGGAUGGCUCAGCGAAGCUUUCAAGACGCUCGAGUUGACUGUAACUUUACCCGGUCAAAUCUCUGAAGUCAUAACUGCAAUCACGCUUGACGACUUCGCAGUGACGAUGAAAACGCCCGACCAAGCGUUCGCACCUCUUGCAAGUUCCCAAGGAACAGUUGCUCAGUACAAGAAUCCAUUUGGGUUCUCGUUACAAGUGAUCGAAUCAAAGCAAACACUGAUUCUCAGUUCGUCGGGGGUUGAUAUUGCUCAACUCGACAUACCUAAUGCGCCCGCAAACGGCGGUGUUUCCACCGGAAAUCCUGUCGAUCUACCGAUUGCUUUCAAGGACGUACCUAUGAAGUCUCUGAAUAACCAAGGCUUCCAGGCCCUCUUCGCACAUGUCACAUUGCAGGAGACCGCGGCUCUUGACCUCAAAGGAACCGCUGACGUUACCGCACACACUGCGAUAGGCAACGUCCCCAUUUCCGGCAUACCCUUCAAGGUUCCUUCAAGCUUGAAAGGUAUCAACUCCUUCGGCGGUACCGCGUCUUUGAGCAAUGUAUCCGUGACGGGUAGUGGUGGAAACGGAGGUAGCGAAUUUAUCGUCUCGCCGUUGAUAAACACGUUGCACAACCCGUCCAAUGUCACGUUGAGUACCGUGGACAUAUCUCUACCCGUGAUGUUCAAUGGCGUCAAGAUCGGCAGGGCAGCAAUCGAUCCCUUCAAUCUCGUGCCAGGCGACAACGAUAUCCCUGCCGAAUUCCACUACCAACCCGACGACGCCAAUAAUACUGUCGCCCAGGGCUUCUUGACUCAGUUUAUUCAAACGGACAAUCGGUUGCCCCUUGUAAUCCAAGGAGACUCAGCUAGCACGCCGUUCGCUUCGUUACAACCAGCUCUCAGCGGCUUGCGUCUAUCGUCUCAGCUAGCAGGUACAAACAACCCAACUAUUAUCACUCACGUCCAAGUCCUUAUCACCUUGGAUUCCUUGGUCACCAACCUCGUAUCCGUCAACUUCGACGUCUUCAAUCCCUUCAAUACAGAUCUCGUUAUUGAAUUCGUACAAAGUGAUUCAGGCGUCAAUGGCCAGAUAUUCGCCCACUUCGAGCAGCCGUUCGACAAUUUCGUCAUUCCCCCAGGUCAAACAGUCAACUCCGGAACAUUCGGAAACGUCCUUCUUACCCAAGGUGCUAUUGCAGCGUUGGACAUUAUUCCGCUAGGUAUUCUGGAUAUCGGCGCGGCGAACACGGUAAGGAUCGGGAGGGGCGGAUACCAAGUGCCGUGGCUACAACUUAAUCAAAAAGCGGUUCCUACGAAGUACGACCUGCAGCUUGGAUUUUCUGCCAUGAAGCAGAAGGCCGAGUCGGUCAACGCAACGUCGAGUUCUGAGGCGCUCAGCAGUACGUCGGCUAGUGCGUCCACAGCUGCUGUCGAAAGCUCGGCUGCGGCUCCCGAAUCGACAAAGGGCGAGGCAGAGGCACUUCCUACCACGAAGACACCAGAUGCCGAACCUUCGAUCAGUCAGCCAGAAGCGAAACCCGAGCAAGAUGCACCGCAAGCCAAACCAACACCAACACCCUCUGCCAGCGAAGAGAGUCUUAACGAUUCGAAGGAUCCGUCGGCAGCUGCAACCAUACCCGAAACCACACCCCGAGAUGCCCCAUCGAGGACCUCUUCGUAA